AUGCCUUCUUGGAGUGAUGGGGAUGAGAGCUCCGACGACAGCAUGGGGGGCAACCUGAUGGACAUGGAGUACUUUGACACACCUGACACCAUCCCUGAGCCACUCUGGUGUGGUGUUCCCAUGGAGGAAGUUGCCAAGUGUACUCUACACGAUAUGAAGCCUAGGAAGUGUGUUGCUUUUGAAGGUGCUAACGCUGGGAGGAGGUUCUAUGGAUGCCCUGUUCAGGGAGGUGUGAAUUGUGGUGUAGUUCAAUGGGUUGAUCCUGCCUGGCCUGAUGUACUUAAGAACUGCCUCAUCAAGUUGUGGGAAAUGUUUCACGAGAAAAACCUUGGAAGGAUUCAAGACAAGCAUGCAUAUGAGGAUGAGGUUGCCAAGUUGAAGAAGGACUAUGAUCAUCUCUGCACUGAGUAUCAUAAAAUGGUUGAUGAUGUUAGCAAGAUGUUUGACUGGCAGGAUGGUGUUGGCAAGAUUGACUACCAGAAAGCAAUGGAUGCUGAGAAAUUUGAGAAGCAGAAGGAAGAGCUAGAGCUGGAGAUGAAGAUGGAGAAGCUAAGACUAGCAAAAGAACAGAGGUGUAUCCUUCAGGCCCAGGCAGACAUAAUUCACAACACCAGGAAGGCAAUGAAAGAGAUAAAGGUGGACAGGGAUCUUCUUGCACAAGAGAAGACAGAGCUUGAGAAAGUAGUUGCUGAUCUACUGAAUGCUGGCCAUGGGAGCAAGGAAAAGCUUGAGAAAAUCAAGGCCAUACCGGAGGCUUGA